AUGUAUUUUGUACGAGCUAGUUACCCCUCUGGCUAUUCGGACACAAAACACUCUGUAACUGAUGUCUAUCUAUGGAUCAAAAAUCCGUCAUGCUCGGCUAUGGUUACUGCUCCUGUUAUGUCGCCAGAGACAUCGGCGGACACAGCUUCAAGCAAGGCACCUGGGGGUGAGACCGCCAUGUUCUUACCACAUCAAGAGCUAAUGUACUGCCCCGAGCAGGGUGUGUGGCGGUCGAGCUUUGGGUCAAUCGACAAGCGUCAAGCCCUGAGCCUUGUCACCUGA